AUGAAAUACAUAAAUAAUUUAAAAAAUAUAGAAAAUAAAGUAAAAAAAAUAUCUGAGCAAUGUUCUAUUAAUACACCAAAAAUAUUAAUAGUAACAAAAUAUAUAGGGAAUACUGAAAUAAAUGAUAUUCAUUCUUAUGAUAAAAAAUAUCACUUUGGAGAAAAUUAUCUUGAUUCAUUAAUAGAAAAAUCUGAACAGUUACCUAAUUCAAUAAAAUGGCAUUUCAUAGGUAAUUUACAAUCAAAUAAAUGCAAAAAUAUUUUAAAAGUUAAAAAUUUAUAUAUGAUAGAAACAAUAGAUAAACAAAAGAAAGCAAUUCUAUUAAAUAACUAUUUAAAAAUUAUGAAUGAAGAUGAUUUAAAGACUAGCGAUAAUUUAAAAAAAAUUCGCGUUUUAAUACAAAUUAAAACUACUGAUGAUGAAAAUAAAACUGGAAUCAUGUAUGAUAAUUAUGAAGAAAUUGAAAACACUGUUUUAUAUAUAAUUCAAAAUUGUAAUUUCUUAAUAUUUAAAGGAUUAAUGACUAUAUCAUCAUUGGAAAUAAGUAAAAGAGAAAAUUCAUUUAUUAUUUUAAAUAAUAUUAAAAAUAGACUUUUAAAUAAUCAAAUUAUAAAUAAUUACUUUCAGAAUAAAAAGUUUCAUAUGAGUAUGGGAAUGUCAGAUGAUUUAGAAUUAGCUAUUAAGCACCAAACAACUCAAUUAAGAAUUGGAAGAGCCAUUUUCAAAUAA